AUGUCCUUCCACUGCAUAGUGCCCGGUCACCCUCCGGUCAGUGCGAACGCCUUCAAGCAGGUCGCGUCCAAUCGCUGGAUCGUCACGCUCGAGUGUCAGGAGGCAAUCAACGAGGUCGUCGCUUUCGUCACUGAGCCCCUGGAGCCGAGCACUGCGCUCGGCUGCCACAUCGCGUCGCCGCCUUUUGAGGAGUCGUCCUGGCACUACCUCGGGGCAAUCACCGCGCAGGCGCCGUCGGUAGUGUUCAAGACGCGCCUGGUGUGGACGGCGCGCGACGCGCUGCCAACGUGCGUCCAGUUCGGGAUCGAGCUGCAGCCCACCGCCCAGCUCGCUGCCCGGCCCGCAGAGAUGGUCUCUGUUGAGGUGCUCGAGGCGGGCCGGCGCAUAGGGAAGGACCUGUAUGAGUACGUCGCCUCCUUUGCGGCUCCGGGAGGCGGGGUGCCGCCGCCCGGGUACAUCGUCCUCCGCGGGGACGUCUUUGAGCGAUGGCUAGCGCGCUUCAACGACAAGUGCGCGCGCUCUGGGCUCGACUGGCUGUACAACUCUGGCUGA